UGCGCGCGCGCUGCCCUUCGUGUUGCGCGCCUUUCGCGAAAUAAUACUAUAAACCGAUUAAAUAAGUGCAAUAUUAGUUAAUGGGAUACGAUACACAUUAAACGGCUUCACCAUGCCACAGUUCCACACAGUAUUAGUGACAGGCGGAGCUGGGUACAUCGGCAGUCAUUGCGUGGUAGACCUCCUAGAAGCAGGCUACGAUGUAGUUGCCAUAGACAACUUCGCAAACGCAGUAGAAGGUGAAGAGGGCUCCCCAGCGUUGGACCGCGCGGAACAAAUCACGGGAAAGAAAAUCACGUUUUACAAAGCCGACCUUCUGGACAAACAGCAAAUAAACGAUAUCUUCGAUAAGCACAAUAUAGAUUGCGUGAUCCAUUUUGCUGCACUGAAGGCAGUGGGUGAAUCUAUGCAGCAACCGUUACUGUACUACCAAAAUAAUCUACUUGGCAUGCUCAAUCUAUUGGAGAUAAUGCGUUCUCACAACUGCUACCAAAUGGUAUUUUCCUCUUCUUGUACUGUAUACGGAGAGCCAGAACAUCUACCAAUUACAGAGACGCACGCAACUGGCAACAUAACCAAUGUUUAUGGAAGAACUAAGUACUUCAUUGAGGAAAUGCUGAAGGAUUUGAGCGCUGCUGAUGAGAAAUGGAACAUAAUAUCACUCCGAUACUUCAACCCAGUAGGAGCGCAUCCAUCAGGGCUCAUUGGUGAAGACCCCACGAAGGAGUUCACCAACCUUAUGCCGUUCAUGGCCCAAGUGGCCCUGGGAAAGAAACCCGUGUUAACUAUCUUUGGAAAUGAUUAUAAUACGCCUGAUCGUACAGGAAUUCGAGACUACAUUCACGUGAUGGAUCUUGCCAACGGCCACGUGGCUGCAUUAAAUUUAUUGAGCACCAAUCACAUCAGGUUAAAGGUAUAUAACCUAGGCACAGGCCGAGGCGUGUCCGUCAAAGAGUUAGUAGAUGUCUUCGAGCGGGUCACACAAACGAAAGUCCCGGUGAAGUACGUGUCCCGCCGGUUGGGGGACAUUACCGCUAUGUGGGCGGACGCGACGCUUGCUAAGACGGAACUGGGUUGGACCAGUGCUAGGAGUAUUGAGGAGAUGUGUAGCGACUUCUGGCGAUGGCAGACAAUGAAUCCCGACGGCUACCCCAAGAAGAACAAAGCCAGUGUCAUAGUGAUGAACGGAAAGAGUUAGUGUCACGCAUUUUAUAGUUAUGUAUUAAUAAAUAAGUAUUUUAUAUUCGA